AGAAACUCAAUAAGUAUUUCGACGGCUACUUGGUCACCCAUCCCUUGCUUUGGGCGCUGUGACAAGGCAUUUUCUGGUCUUCUAGAUGGGGAAAACUCUCCUUGUCUGCCUGGUCAUUCUACUGGCCAGCGCUAGCACCAUUCUCGGGAGGGAACUUUUGGCGCAGCCUACAUGCCCGCCUCCUGGAUUCAGUUCCGCUAAACCUUUCGACUUGACGUCGUACAUUUCCGCUCCCUGGUACGUUCAGAAGCAGGUGACGACCACUUACACGCCUGAGAAUUUCCUCUAUUGUGUGCGGGCGAACUACAUACCGAUUGCCGGGCCUGGAGAUCUUUCGAAGGGCGUGUAUGUGAACAACUACUCCAACAAGGACCGGGUGAAUGGGCUUGCUGCCACCACCAGCAAGGCACAGGGCGGCUUUCAGUUGUAUGCGACGGUGCCGGAUGAUGCAGUUCCCUCACAGCUGCAGGUUGGCCCGUACUUGGGUGACAAUGGAGUGACCACGGCAGUUUCUAGCGCCUCUGCAAAGAUGAGCGGCGAGGCGGCCAACUACUGGGUGGUUGCCACUGACUCAUCCUCAGCCGACCCAAAGUUCGAAGGCUACGAGUGGGCCAUAAUCACCACAGGACCACCCACGAUACCGAGCGGCAACGGCUGCCGCACCGGCAGCGCGGACGGCGGCAUCGCUGAUGUGGCGCAGCGCGGAUUCUGGUGGUUCACGCGCAAGCAGGUCGCAACCGCCGAGACCCUGGAAGCACUGCGCGCCAAAUCUCUGGAGUUGGGCCUUGAUCUUGGAGUGCUCCAGGACGUUCAGCAGGCGGGCUGUGACUACAGCGGUGCCCCCUGAACAGGGGUGAAUCAUAGUUGCACCAUACGGAUUCGGCCAUUCGGCAUACGGUGAAUAUUUGGUCGUAUAUUCGGUGUUUUGGGCCAAAAUAGGCCGUUUUUGACCGGAUUCCGUAUAUUUUAAUACCGUGUGACCGUAUAUUCGGCCGUAUAUACGGUCCCCAAAAAGUGUUCUGACCGAAUGGUGCAACUAUGGGGUGAAUGAAAGCUUGGUAGUUUUUCACAUCCCCCUGGCCUGAUGAGAGGACGCCAGGCAGCUGUACCUGGCUGCAGAAGGUGUCUUUGAGGGCGCUGAUGUGGGAGCGAUCACCCGGAUGUGAUAUUCAUACAUUUAAGUGUUGAAGUAAUCAAGUAGAACGUGAAUAAAGUUUCAAAUUUUCACUGUUAAAGACGUCUGAAGCAAGAUAUGGUGCUGAGUUCAGCUUUGAAGCUUGCUUGUUCCAGCACUGGAGAAGCUUGCUUGUUCCAGCACUGGAAAAAUUUUGCAUUUUUAGUUGACGGAACUCAGAUCUGCCACUAGUGCAGAUGCUGACAAACCUGGCACACCACUUUCUGUGAUGUGCUGGAAGGAAUUUCUGAACUGGAAGAGAGUUUUGAUAUACAUCACAGAAUUUUUUGGAAGUGACACAUUGUUCCGCAUGUAUAUACUAUAGGUGAGUGGGCAUUUAUGAAGUACAUAGGAUUGAGGUCCAGGCUUGUACUGCCAAGGCUGCUUGCCUGGAUACUCUGCAGAUUGGGCUGCGCCAGAAACAUAUUUUGUAACAAUGCGUCUU